AAUGACUGCAUUAAUCCUCAGCCUAAGCCAAUGGUCCUCAAAAAGUUAGUCAGGUUCAUCUAUAACUUGAUCGGUCUUAGAGCACAGGCAAGAAUAAAAGAUGCAGUGCCAACCUAUGUGGUGGUCAGGCCAGUCUCAGAGAUGGUUGAGGAAGGUGCAUUGAGCUCUCCUGCAGAAUCAAGCUCUAGUGAAGCUUUAGAGGGAGAAAUAUGUUGUGUGUGCCUGUCAAAACUGAAGAAAGGGGAGGAGACGCGUGUUCUUCCUUGCUUCCACAAGUUUCACCGUGCUUGUGUGGAUAAAUGGCUAGAUGGGUGCAGGAAGACCUGCCCAGUGUGUCGGUUUUUGGUACAAGAAGGAGAGAGAUUCAACAGAGGGGAAGAUCUGACAGAGGAGAUGAUGAUAUGGUUUUCAUCUUUCCAUGUUGCUGGAUUCUAAAUUCUCACACAUGGUAAUUUAGGCCGUUAGAAUAAUACUUGUAGUUCAUAUAAGCAAUUAGAGCAAAAUAAAAAUCAAAUGUAACAAAAGUUAAUUGAUGGCUCUUUUUGCCAGAACAUUGCUCGUAUUACUAAACUCAUAAAACUCCAAAACCAAGAGUUAAAAAAACAAUUACGUAACCACUACCAUAUCUCUCCAGUGAUAGACAUAAUUAGGGGAACCAACAAGUUAAGAAUUUAGCCAAAUUGGUCUCCAUUAACUAAAAAGCGUUGAUUUAAGGUCAAGUUUAAUAUUCAAAUCUCUGUAAUGCUAAACAACUAACUUUUGAUAUACUGAAAGCCAUAACAAGAGAAAGGGUGAAGAUAUUAGACUACAGGAGGGAGCUCAACCUCAAGCUUUGGGAAGCAUGGACAGCUCCGAGCUUUGUGAAGACACUGAUUGAAUGAAAAGGGAAGAGUGAAGCAGCUAGCAGCGGCAUCUCAAGGAGGGUGUCUAUGCUCUAUUUGCUAAGACUUGAAGCUGCAGUACUUUGAAAAAGAAAAAAGGCUAACAGAGAGCAAACAAUUCACAAGCAAUGAAAGCUGAAGCUGAGAAGAUGGCAAAGUCUUUGAAUUUCUUCAGCAAUGGCAAUUGGCAAGAAACCGUGCAGUUUUAUUUUGGAUUCAUAAACCCCAUUUUUAUUU